AUGUCUAGAGAACGUACUACUGAGAACCUUCCAUGGGUUGAGAAAUAUCGUCCAGACUCGUUGAAUGAUGUUUAUGGUCAAUCUGAUAUUGUUGAUACAGUUCGUCGUUUUGUUCACGAUGGUCGUUUACCACAUUUAUUAUUUUAUGGGCCACCAGGUACAGGUAAAACUUCAACAAUUAUUGCCCUUGCCAAAGAAAUUUAUGGCUCAAACUAUAAAAACAUGGUCCUUGAAUUAAAUGCGUCAGAUGAUCGUGGUAUUGAUGUUGUGCGAAACCAAAUCAAGAAUUUUGCAAGUACUAUGCAAAUCUUCUCAAAAGGGUAUAAAUUAAUUAUAUUAGACGAAGCAGACGCAAUGACAAAUGUUGCACAAAAUGCAUUAAGAAGAAUCAUUGAGAAAUACACCAAAAACACAAGAUUCUGUAUCUUGGCAAACUAUGCUCAUAAAUUAAAUCCUGCUCUAUUAUCACGUUGUACAAGGUUCAGAUUUUCACCAUUAACUGAAAGUUCAAUCAAAGAAAACAUUGCAAAAGUUAUCAUUAAAGAAAACUUGAAAAUUAGUUCUGAAGCUGAAGCUGCGUUAUUGAAAUUGUCCAAAGGUGAUAUGAGAAAAGCAUUGAAUGUUUUGCAGGCAUGUAAGGCUGCUGUUGAUGAAGGUGAAGAAAUAAGUGAAGAUAUGAUUUAUGAAAGUGUUGGGGCACCACAUCCUAAAGAUAUCGAAACAAUUUUAGAUUCUAUUUUAAAAGAUGAUUGGAGUUCUUCAAUUGCAACAUUACAAAAGAUUAAACAGCUGAAAGGUUUAGCAUUGAUUGAUUUAUUACAAGGUUUUAUUGAAAUCCUAGAUCAAUAUGAAUUGAAGACAAGAACAAGAGCAGAAAUUCUUAAAGGGCUAGGUGAAAUUGAAUAUGCCAUUUCAAAAGGUGGGAAUGAAAAAAUUCAAUCAAGUGCGAGUAUUGGUGUGAUAAAAAAGAGUCUUGAAUUUGAAGUUGUAUAA